AUGACAUCCAACAAAUUUGUGGACACUCAAAUUUUGGAUGGACUUUUCAACAGUCAGUUGGUAAUUUCUAGUGGGAUGAUCAUCUUAUGGGAUAAAGAUUUUCUUGAGGUUAAAGAAUCUUUAGUAGGUGAUUAUUCAUUAUCUAUCUAUUGUGUCAAUAAGCAUGAUGGUUUUGUUUGGGUUCUUACCAAUAUUUAUGGACCUAAUAAACCUCAUCAGAGGGCAGAUUUUUGGGAGGAGUUGGAUAACAUCUGUGGAUACUGGGAUUUACCUUGGUGUUUGGGUGGAGAUUUCAACACCAUUAAGUGUUGUGAUGAGAAGAAGAAUUGUAAUACAAUCACCAAGAGUAUGAAGGACUUUGCUGAAUUCAUCUCUCAACACAACCUUAUUGAUUUACCUUUAAAAGGAGAUAGAUAUACUUGGUCUAAUGGGCAGACCAAUCCUGUAAUGAGCAGACUUGAUAGAUUCCUCAUUUCUCCUUCCUUUGAACUUCAAUUCCCCUUGGCAACUCAACUUGCUAAAGAUAGGCCAACAUCAGAUCACAUUCCUAUCCUCCUAGAUAUCUCUGAUCCUUCAUGGGGACCUAGUCCUUUCAGGUUUGAAAUCAUGUGGUUUUUGGAGAAUGGUUUUUUGAAACUUUUAGAAGAAUGGUGGUUGUCUUUUUCUUUUGCAGGUAGUCCAAGUACAAUAUUGUGGUUGAAAUUGAAGGCUUUAAAGAAGAAGUUGAAGGUGUGGAAUAGGGAUACUUUUGGUCACACUAAUACCAAACUCAAGCACUUACUGGAAGAGAUACAGUUCUUUGAUCUUUUGGCAGAAGACAACAUCCUAGAUGAAUCUCAGUUGGCAGAUAAACUUAAUUCCAAGUCUGAGUUUGAGAAAGUUACUAAAAUGUAUGAACUAGCAUGGAGGAUAAAGUCCAAAAACAAAUGGUUACAAGAAGGGGAUAGAAAUACUUCUUUUUUCAUGCGUCAAGCCACUGCUAGAAGAAUAUAUAACAGGAUUAGACAUCUAUACAUUGAGGGUGAAUUGGUCUCUGACAGGUUCAAACUGCAAGAAUAUAUUGUGAAUUUCUACAAGGACUUGUUUGCUGAAGAAGAAGUUAUCAGACCGGCUUUGGAAGGUAUUACUUUUGACACUAUCAAUAACAUUGAAUCUGAAAUAUUAGAUGCAAAUUUCAAUGAAGAUGAAGUAUUUCAGGCUAUCAAAGACCUAGGACAAGACAAGGCACCAGGGCCUGAUGGCUACCCUAUCAUGUUUUUCUCAAGGUGGUUGGAGUUUAUUAAGGGGACAUCAUGA